UUAAUUAGUUAUUUUAACUCUAUUAAAAAUUAAUAUAAAUUUUUGCGAAUUAUUAUUAUGAGUAAGGAAAUAGAUUAUAAAAAGCUCUACGAACAAUACAAAGAAGACUUCGAAGAUUUAAAAAAGGAAAACGAAGAAUUGAAAGCAACAACAGAUGAAAUUUAGAGCGAAUUAGAAUAAAUGUUGCAAGAGGCUGAAUAAAAAAUAUAAAAUUAGGAAGAGUAGUUAGCUUAAAUGAAGGAUUAGCUUAAAAAGAAUAAGAGUCAGUAUGAAGAUUAGAUAUCUAGGUUAGAAAGAGAACAAGAAAGAUAUAAGCAAGAUUUAAAAGUAUUAGAAGAAAAAUAUAUGCAAGCAUAGAAAAUUAAAGUUGAUUUAGAAAACGAUAAUGAGAUUUUGAUAUCUCAAAAUAGGAUGUUUGAAGCUAUGGUCGCUGAUUUGGAGGCAAGAAUCGAUUAAUCUUUAGAGGAAUUAGCAUUAGUAUAGACAGAAUUAGAAGAUAAUAAAAACAAUUCAUAAGAACAUAUAGAAAGACUUAAGCAACAACUUCAAGAAACAGAAUAAGAACUUUUUGCGGUUUAAGUUUAAAAUCAAAAAAAAAUUGAAGCACUUGAAUAAAAUGUAUUAAAAAUCAAAUAGAGAAACGAAGAAGAUUCUCCUUAAAAAGAAAAACAAGCAAAUGCUGAAAAUUCAGAUGGAAAAUUAGAAUAAAACGAAAAUUCAGACAAACCUUAGGCUUAAGUUAAUGGUGAACAUUUAGUUGAUGAUUAAAAUAGCCCAAUUAAAUUAGAUUCACAAAAUAAUUCUUGUUAAUUACAAGAUGAUUUAUCUAAAAAGAUAUCAUUAGAGUAAAAACUUAAAAACUGUAGCACUAACAUUUAGUAACUUAGAUUAAAUAACUAAGGAUUUAAGAAAUCCCUUAACUUAGUUUCAACAUUGAUCAAAGACUUGGAUGAAAAAAUGAAUGAAAUAAGAGAUAAAAGAAAGAAAAAAUAGUAAUAAAAAUUUUAAUCCUAGUAAAACGGCAGCAACAGCAACAAUAAUAAUGAAAAAUACAUUUAAAUUACUCAAAAUGGAAUUUGA